AUGAGUUUAAAAAAUACGCCUCACGAAAUUCGCCGCAACGGCGAUAGUAAUAUAACUGAAAAUAAGCUUCGCAUGGGUCAAAGAUCAUAUUCAACAUUAUCGAUGGACGAUUCAAGCAAUAAUAACAUAACAAAUCAAUUUAAUUCAAAACAAUUGAUCGACUCCAGCUCAGCCUUAAGCUAUUGUACCGGUAGGAGGAGGCGAAAACGAUCAAAUGACACGACUGCGGUUUCCCAUAAAAAAGAAAUUGUUGGCAGUGCUAUAAGUGGCUCACUGUCAGACAAUUUGUCAAGGGAGUCUGUAAGAAAGGCGUGCGGAUUUGUUGACGAUUUAAGCGAUAAUGAUCUAAUUGAAGUCCAAAAUACUCCCGAAAACUUUCAAAAACGCACAUCAGCAAUAAAGAUGUCAUUUCUAGAAGGCAAUUUUUUUAACAGACGCAAAAAAUCCGAAGAAAAUCCACUUUAUAUGAGAGAUCAUCAAACAAACGAGAACACUAUAUUUCACAAUGAUGAAGCCUAUGACGCCCUACGAGAACUCGACGCAGUUCUCGAUAUACAUGAUAUGUCACUUGCCGAUUCAAACUGCUCCGCUAGUCAGACUGAAUCGGAACCCGACCUAGCCAACAUAGAUGAUUGCUUAUUAGAUCUGGAUGACUAUCUUAAUAAAAUGGACACAAGUAUAUCGCACGAUAGCAAAGAGGAAUCAAGUAAAACAACACCGUUAAAAAACGGUACAUUACCAAAUUUCAAGCGUGGUAAUAAUUUUAGGAAGACUGUUGGAUAUGGCGCAGAGCGGAGAUCAUCAGAUUCGAUUUUAAAAAUAUCAAAAACAUCACCGUCUUACGCAACUUUAAGGCGAACUGAUCGAAGUCAUUCUGAUGUCACAGCGGAAGAAACCAAGCAAAAGAACCACCAAAUUAUUCCUCAGUUCUAUCCAGUUGCAGAAGUGGGUUCAUGCAACAACGUCGCGGAAAAUAUUUCAGAUCAUGUAAAUAGUGCUUGUGAGCCCCACCAAACCCGCCGUUGUAUAUCACAGGAAGAUUGUUCUACCACUGCAUCUACUAAUUCGACACAUAUAUUAACGGAAGCGCAAAUAUUUCAAAAUUUAAUUGAACAAAAUGAAAAUUGCCGGGAAGAUUCUGAGUAUAGGCCUCGCCAAUAUGGCAGGCGAGCAGAAAGAAAUUCACAUGCAUCCAUGCCCGAAUCAAAUAUUUGUGGCAAUUUCCCUUCCAACAUUUCUAAUCAGUCUAGACCAAUGAGUGCACCAGUAGCAGCAUCAAUACAAGUAAUUCCUUCAGAAGAGUUAUUACGUAAUUCUAGAACGUAUGCUGGGUCAGAAGGAAGCACGGGACGUUCAACGCGGACAACAAGCCCAGUAACGAUCGCCUCUAGUUCUGAUUCCAGUGAAUCUUCAACAACAUCACAUAAUAUAAUAGAAUCUAACAUCGUAUUGAACGAGGGCAAUUCACAGCAAAACAGCAAUACUACCCAUGAUUCAGAAAAUGUUGAAACAACUCAGAAAGCGGGAUUUAACACAUAUUGGCCACAUAGUUAUAGUCGAACUUUGGCUCUAAUGUCGUGUACAUUAGGCCUCUUCAAUAUUUGUCGAUUUGCAGUUUUGACAAUCAAUUACGGGCCGAAUUUUCUUAUUCAGUUCCUAUUGCUUUCUAUAAUUUUCGGAGUUCCCUUCUUGUGGCUGCAAAUGUGUUUGGGUGCCAAAAUAAGAGCAGGGCCAGUGUCCAUGUGGAAAAUCAGUCCGAUAUGUAGCGGCAUUGGGAUUUCACUUGUUCUUGUGCAAUAUUUUAUUACAAUAUACUCAUCCGUUGUUGUCGUUUGGCUCUUGGUAUAUCUAAGCGACACUUUUUUGUACCAGUCAUCCUAUCGGUGGGCGGAUACAACGCACUUCCUUAUUCCUAGGAAUUACUCGUACAACUACUACAAUCUUACCGAAAGUAUUCCAGAUUACUUUAAUAUCAAUGUUCUUCAAAGACUGCAGAUUCUUAAAUUAAUUAAUACCACUGGCAUUCGCAUACAUAUCAAUGAUCGGCAGCUGGCGUUCUAUUUGGCAAUAUUGUGGGCAACUGUAUUUUUAAUACUGUGCAAGGGUCUGAGAUCAUUUGGAAAGGUUAUCUUUAUUGUGGGAAUAUUACCUCUUCUGGCAUUGACAGUAGUUACUGGAAAAUUACUUUAUGUGGUAGAUCUUGUAAAACUCCAGAAUGUAUUUAGCUCCUCUGAGCUGGAUGAUUUCCUCAUUAAUUCGAAAACAUGGACCGCUGCAGCUCAAGAAACGUUCUUAACAUGGGGUCUUCUUGGGGCUUCUGUGAUUGCUAUAUCGAGCCGAACACACAAGUCACAAUCUAAAAAGACGUUGCGGCGAGAUGCUAUCCUUGUCGUUUUGAUGACACUUAUUGGCCUUUGCUUAUCGGCGUUGAUGGGAUUGUGCUGCAUCCAAAUAUUGAAUAAGGCUGGUUAUGUAUAUGUACCCGGUUCUUAUGAGAAACCAGGCACAUAUUCGUCAAUAUAUUCAUUAAAAUCUUCGCCUAGCACUGAUAUCAUAUCAUAUCCGACAAAACUUGUACCCCAUUACUCGAGUUUGAUUGGCGAAGUGUACAGGCGCCACACCGACCUCAAAAUAUCCAGCGGUUAUCAGGUGCUUCGUUUUAUUUCUGAGUUAUUUCCAGCAGUUCUAGUUAUUGCUGGUGAUGAUGUUUCGUGGAUUUGGGGUUCUGUCGUAUUUUUAAUGCUCUUUGUGUUUGGAAUUGCCCAGUUAUGUGUUAUGUGGAAGCCUAUAUCGAGUGCUUUGGGUAACUCCACCAGCGCUGUAUUACUUAGUUGUGUCACUGGUCUACUACUGAGUAUACCGUUUGCAACUGAGGUUGGAAUUAAUCUGCUCCAUUAUAUGGACAGUCUGAUAGGUGGUGCGUGGUUCAUUCCAAUUUUAUGGGCGGCGGAGAUUUUUGGUGUUUUUUUGAUCAGAGGUCGACCCUAUAAUGGGGACGACCUUGUGAACGAUUUAAAAAUGUCGGGUUCUAUGUCCGCUUUCUUGGCCUUGUCCUGGAAUGUUUUAUUGCCCAUCAGCCUUAUAACGUUGGCCGUGAUUGAAUACAAAAUAUCGUUGUCAAGUCAAUUGUAUUAUUGGCGAGGACGUUCAUAUUACAAUUACUGGGCAAGGAAGGUUGGAGCUUUAACCCAAAUUGGUUUUUUGCUUUUGGUGCCCAUAACCGCUAUCAUACAAAUUUACCGCUAUCUUACUUCGGGACCUCCCGAUAUUCUGGAUAGAAUUCAAAUGCUAUAUCGACCACUGGAGGGCUCAGCAGCUACAAGAUUAGUAAACCGUACACUCAGGGAUGAUUUAGAAAACCGUUACAGGCAGGGAAGAAACGGCAGCAAUGCCGAGAAUGGCAUUACCAAUUUACACGAUGAUGCUCCGCCAAAAUAUACUCCUCCACCAUCAUAUACCACCGCAACUGGAGCAAGAUUGGCGAAAAUAUUGCGCCAAAGCAUAAGGCGUAGUGUUAGAAGAUUAUUGGGGGAUUCCGGAAGGACGAGGCCAAUAUUAUCAAUUCAAAUGGAACAUAGUGAUGAAAACACGUCUUUUCCACCAGAUUAUUCAUCUGUUCUUUCAAAUCCAUCGGGUUCGAAUGAAGUACCGCCUAGCAUAAGUGAAUCAAUUGAGAUUGGCAAUCGACCGCCAACAUAUUUGGUACAUAGCCGAAGUUUGUCGUUAGGCCGUAAACAGAUUGAAAACAGUAGGGGUUCAACACAAAUAACAAGGCCGUAUACCGCUGAGGAUGUCAUAACUGUCCUAAGAUCAUCGACAAGGGUUCGAAGCGGAACAUCACAUGCUACACAUCCACUAAAUCAAAUGGUGUUUCGGUCCAUUGAAAAUCUGGUACUCAACGCAGAGCCACCAGGUGUAAGCUCGUCUGUUGUGUGUGAACAUUUAGAUGUUAAUGACCAUAACAAUACAUCUGUGAUUUAAUUUAUUUGUAAGAAAUAAUAAUAAAAAAAG